UCCACUCUCCACACCACAUCAACAACACACAAUAAUCUAAAACUAGUACUAUAUCGAAUAAUUCUCUAAUUAACAUGGCUUCCACAUGUACACCCUCCACACUCAUUCUCCUCACCCUCACCACAUUCCUCAUUGCCCAAGCCCAAGCCCAAGCCCCGGCACCGUCCCCGUCGGGCGCGGUGAACCUCACCGCGAUCCUGGAAAAGGGUGGGCAAUACACCACCCUAAUGAAACUCCUGAAGGACACACAGCAGCUCACUCAAAUCGAGUCCCAGCUCAAAUCAAACUCACAAGGCUUCACGCUCUUCGCGCCGACCGACAACGCCUUCCAGAGCCUGAAACCCGGUGCCCUAAACAAGCUCAGCGACGACCAGAAGGUGAAGCUCAUUCUCUUCCACGUCACUCCCAAAUACUACACCAUCUCCGAUCUGUUAACCGUGAGCAACCCCGUGAGGACGCAGGCCACGGAGAAAGAAGGGACCUGGGGGCUGAACUUCACCGGCCAAGGCGGUAACCAGGUGAACAUCUCCACAGGGGUGGUGCAGACGCAGCUCAACAACCCACUGAGGGAGAAGUUUCCUCUGGCUGUGUACCAGGUUGACAAGGUUCUGUUGCCGUUGGAACUCUUCGGAACCACCAAGACUCGUGCUUCUUCUGCGGCUCCUUCUCCUAAGGGUUCUAAGAGCACUCCUGAGAUUCCCAGCGUUGGUAAGGCUGGUUCUGCUCCUUCGGAUUCUCCUAAGGAUACUAAUGCUGCCAAUGGGAUGAAUGUGGGUUUCGGACUUGUUCUUGGACUUGGCUUCAUUUGCAUGGGAGCUCUCUCUUGAUCACCAGAAAAUACUUCAUUGUCAAUGUGUCGUCUUAUCUUUUUUCUUUUACUCUGACUUCUUCAUUUCCUAAUCUUUCUUUUCUUCUACGGGCAAAAGGAACUGUGUUGGGUUUUAUUGAGCCUCAUUCUUUCUAUUUAAUGCCCUCUUUUUUAUGUAUUUAAUUUAAUCCUUGUCUUGUAUUUACUAUUUAAUUUGGAUCACAUGAUUUUGUUUAUGAGGAAAACGAACACCUAGCUA